AUGAGUCACGAAGCUUCAGAAGUGAAUGAGAGUGGCUCAUGUACCGCGUCUAUGGUAUCCGAUGCAACGGAACAGCAUAAAGCAGAAGAGGACUAUUUGAGGUUCCCUCGCGCGCUUUAUGAAGCUGUGCGCCUAUGGACUAACGAGGAAUUAGAUAGCCUGAUCUUCGCACUUGAAACGUGUGAAUGAUUUUUUCAUCUGAUGCAGAACGUUUUAGUGAUAGCCUGCUGACACCAUCUGAACUAAUGAAAUUUCUCCCAUCCAAGAAUGCCGCAGAGGUUCUUCUCAUUGUUUUGCAUUGUUUCUUAGAUAGAUUCUCUCUUACAAGUAAUAUUGCGCUCUCGGGAAGAGGACAUACUCCCUGCCCUAGCGAAGCAACCACCACUUUUAUCUGAAGGUGAAAGCAGUAUCGAUGUAUGCUAGUAUGAAUACUAACGUUUUCUUAGAUUUUCCGAAACUCGGUUCGUUUUGCCGUGGACGACCAGUUUUCACCAGCCAAGCAGAUAGUUUCUGUAAGUCUCCUGGGGUUUUACGUCUAGCUUCUGUCAGAUAAGAAUAGUGAUACUAAAAGGCAUUCUUACACCAUCCUUUAUUUCGACAUUUAUCGCCACAUAUUUUGUAAAUUUCAAAUGAUCUUGUCUUCGUAGAACUGCGCCUAAUUCUAUCAAAUAAAAGUGACAAUGUAGGUUUCGUCUUACAGUGGACAGCCUGACAUGUAAUCAUGCCGGAUCUAGUCCAGCCUGCCACGCUACCUAUCAUGCAACCUAAGUUGACCUAAACGUCAUCGGUAGUAUGAGCCACAGUUGGCUCCCCCUUGCCUGCAGAGAGAAUAAUAAUAUUUCUGCCGAUUUUUGGGUUGAAUGCUUCUCAUUCUGCGUGUGGAAAGCGAUUUCGAUCCUUUACGUCAUCUAGAGUACUGUUUUGGGUUCUAAAGUGUUCUUCUUUUGCAUGGUUUUCUGGUGGUACGCUGGACUGCAAAAAUGCAUGUAAGUCUGGGUAGUUCGUGUAGCUGCCCCAAUCAAAUUCUCGAUUCUCUACUAUAAACCAAUUUUUUCAUUCAGUAAUGCAUCAAAAUUUAAGGGAGCCCCAUAGGGCCAUCGAUAUCUGGCAUUUUGCCGGCUCUGCCUUUAGUUAUCUCCGGAUCGUGGCUAUGCGAUUCAGACGACAAGUUUUAUGUUGAAAAAGAUCAGCUGAAAGUAGUGCACAAAAAGGGAAAGCGAUUUCAUUGACCGAACUGUAUUGGCGCUGAAGUUUCGAAAAAGUCCUCCUUUCCAUAAUCAAAAGGGUUCCAGGGGAUGUUGUCACUAGUCGUGAUUUAUUCAGCCUCGUUUACAUCGUAUUAUGACCGUACCCGACGCACAAACGUUAACUUGUCGGUUUGCCGCUGAUUUACUUUGGCCUCCUCGUCAUCAAUCGCCGGCGGGCUGACGUGACAUCUGUCCCCUUAGCAGCCGUCGGACUUGGAGCAAAGUCUACUUUCUGGUUGGCUCACCUACUCGUCACCUAGCGGACCGAACAGUUGUCGCGCGAAUUCCUUUCGGCUCGUCGGAGAUGUCAAGAGCAGGUGUUCCAUGCCGGUUGUGCGGCUUCCGACUGGUCGCAUUCCUUGUCUCCGAAGACGUCAUCCAUUGGUCCCACGUGAUUCCACUUACUCACUCUGCUGGUUUUAUCUAAACUAACUUGGUCCCAGUGCAUGCUAAGUUAGCAUUUGGUCCAUGGCUCAAUUAAUUAUGCUACUUGAGGACAACUUUCGAGCAUCAGUGUGGCCAUCGUAUUGGGUCGGCCGAUUACCUCCGCUUUCUGAAAGGUAUUUAUCCUGGCGGUGGAUUACAAGCUGUUGUUCGUGCAGUCCCGUGCCAAGUCGUUUUCACGUUUUGCAUGGCAUUUUUGGCAGGGUAUGCUGCAGACCACUGCUUAUUGUUCCGCCGCCGGUGACCUGUCCCUGGGUAUGGUGGUUUGAGUUCAGAUGAUACAUUUUUGUUCGUGGCCCACGGGAAUCCCACGAAAGUUAGAGCUUAUUGCCCUAGCUUCUGAUGCGUUCUUCGCAUAUGGGGUCGCUAAGUAGAAUUACGGCCUUUUAUCAUUCGGACACUGAAAGUGAGCCUUCCCGAGGCAGUUGCACAUGAAGGACUUCAGGCAACCUUUGCUCCCAGAUUGGGUUUGCAAACAGUUCACCUCUUUUCUUAUAGUCUCGUUGCUACAGUGUGUUGGAGUCCGUACAGAGACGGUUUUUAAUGGGUGGCAUAGUGCGCUGGGGCGACUGUCGACUUUAGGGUUCUCAGCUCUAACGCCGUAAAGGUUGACGAACGAGCGGAGAAAUGCUCGUUCACUCGGCGACAUUUGCGAAUAAGAAAGGGGCAGUCUUGUAUUGACGUCUUGAUCACUCACUUCUGGAAGUCUACUGUCGUUCGUUGGCAGUGUUCACAGACUGUGUAUCUGAGACACCCAGGCAAGAUCUUAUCAGGGUGUCGGUGCAGGUUCUUCCUUCUACGUACCCAGAGUAAUGCAUGACGCCCAUAGAAUGAAGCAACGUGCGCGAAGAUUCGAGGUCUGGGUAUGCUAUUACAUUCAUCAUUCCCAAAGAAAACGACGGUCCGAGUAAAUGAAGGUCGGCAGCGACAAAUACCUCACUGUUUUUGUGGUUAAAACGAAGAGCUCCCCAAAAUGUCAGCGCGAAAUGAAUUUCAGUGCUACUGCUCGUGUUCAGUUAUUGGGCCUCGCCGUCCGCCUAUCAUUACAGCUGUGCUCGGAUCACGAACUUUGACCUGCCUGUCAGUCGGCGGACUGAUCAAUCGUUGGUGUCCGCCUGAGUUGCUUCCAGUUUCGCUCUGUGAGCGUCGGCGCUCGGCUCCGCGUGCUCGCCUCCUCUGUUGGCCCUGUCCAAACCGAUCAAAGCCUUGUGCGUGGCGUUUGGCAGGCGGGAUACAGGUCAAUAGCUUGGUCGAGGGUGCCAGUCAAGGACCAACUUUUGAGCACCACUCUGGCCAUAUUCUCAUUGGCCUUGCAUUCUAAAGAGCGGAACAGCGGUUCAUCUGUUGUACGUGGCCAUAAACCAGAGACAACUUAUCCCUGUGGUUGAUUGCAAGUUGAUGUUUGUGCAAUCUUGGGCCAGACCAUUUGCCCGUUUCACCAGCAUAAGUAGCAUCACACUUUUGGUAUGGUAUGCUGUAGACCACUGCUAAGUGUUCUGUUUCUGGUGGCAGGUCUUUGAGCCUCAUGGUUUGCUGUUUAACUGUGCAUUCUGGUUUAUGAAACGUCAGCACAAACAUAAUCUGGUACACGAACUCAUCCUUUCUUCCUCGUCUUCUUCGGUGGAUGAUAAACACAAUGAGAUAUCUGGACCCUGAAUAUUUACGCAUAUGUAUAUGCUUAGAUAUUGGCUUCUAUGCGGCUUCCUGCGAGACAGCACGACGAGCGCGUCCUGUAACCUAAUCAGUGGGCGUCUCUCCCAUAUAUAAAUAUAAAAACGAGAUGUUUUUUGUUAAUGCUCGAGGCUGGCCGUCACCUCUGCUUUGGAUGUAUGGACAAUACACAUCGGUACGCAGAUUUUUUAUCCGUGCUUAUUAAUCCAGUUAAUGGUUGACUGAAGUCUGCGCCAGUGCGCAUCUGUUUCAUCUCUUCACCUCCGUCGGAUUUGGCUGCAUUCAUCUCAAUCUAUCCUUGGAAUUUUGGAUGUAUCACCUCAUUUGUCUGCGUUGCCUGUGGGAAUUCGCGGCCUUUCUUACUUGGAAGAAGCGAAAACUAUACGCGUCUUCUUUCACGCAAAGGUCUGUCCAGUCCCGGGAUGGGUGGUCUCAUCACUGCUAUCUGGCACUUCUUUGUGUGUGCAUGUAUGUGCCACCAUCUCCGAAAUCGACACUGGCACCGUCGACCUUUCCUGUCCCCUGUCCCUGUGCAUUCACCUCAAGCAUCGGCUCGGUCGGUCACUUGCGAAUCCAUCUCACAGACUGGCGAACCAGUGCCUAGAGCACCCACAUACACCAGACACAUCCGCCUCAACUGCCCUCACUGCAUUCGCACAUUAACCCACCUCAUGGGCCUAUUAGGACACAUGUGCAUUCACGAAAAUCUGCGGUAGACAACCGCCGGCAAACCACUUAUAUCACGCAACAUCAUCCAGCACGGGCAUCCAAUUACCACCUCCCACGCUUGUGGGCAGUGUGCGUCUCGGCUCCGUUUUAAUGCUGCUUCUUUGCUGCACGUGUUAUUCGCGUCGGAGGCUACCACGGCACGUCAAACGCCGUGGCUUUGAAGGCUGCCGACUGACGCCCCAACUCAGUUCACACUGUAAGCCCAUUUGUAUGUGUGCAGUGGCAGACUGGUGGGCUGAGAGCCAGGCUGAAGCAGCUCCUUCCUAACGUAACCUACGGCAUUCUCACGUAUGUUAAAUGUACGCCGUUCAGCCCCCGUUGUGUGAAAUCAUAGGGAUUAUGUUUUUGGGGGCCGGGUCGGGCAUGUUGCGCGCGCAGGCAAGGUCACUAGAUAUGUCAGCUACCGCGUCCAUUCCCGCCCUAGUCAACUGACUGGCUCGGACAGUGACUGGAGCCUGGGAAUGGGAAGGGAUAGUGAGGUCGACGGCCCAUCGCAUUUCCCCCGUUACAAACAACCUGACGCAUUUGAAGCUUUCACGUUGCACUAAAAGCCGUGGCUCGUAAGGUUGCCAACUGACGGGAUAACGUGGACCUCGCAGUCGGCCUAGUGUCGUAUGUUUCUGCGUGAAGCGGCCGACUGAUGGUCUAAGAGUCAGGCUGCAAUGGCUCCUUCCUAGUGUGGCCUUUAUGGCACCCCUACCCUGUGGGAUCUGAGCCAGGUGCGGCUCCAGCCAUGCUAGCCACACUGUUGUUGGUCAACAAGCAGGUCAUUUGUUGUGUGAACCAGGGGGUGUGGGGUGGAGCGCCAAAGUGCGGGCGCGACCGUGCAAUCCACUUGCGCCCUUCCCCGCCUCCGGUCUUCUUGACUCUGUCUCGACACCGGGUCCAGGUGGAGGAGGGAGUGCGGUAGAUGCUACGCAAGUCUGCAUUCAUUAUAAACUGAAUCACGUGCAAGUCACCGUGACUGUUUCACCUUGCUGUGGAGUACACUGUGGACAUCGUUGGCAAUGACGGUCGAACUCUCAUGCAGUUGAGGGCUGAUUUGCCAGUUUGGGUACACGGACUCCAUGAAAACUCGUACAUGGGAUUGUGUAGAGAAACUAUGCCAGUUGUGAUAUAAGCAGAAUGUUAUUACCGACAAGGACAAGGCAGACUGGAGUGGCCAUUUCCGGUUUAUUAGCCGUCAUCAGCCAUUCAUACCAAACCCCGAGGUGUGGUACACCCGAGGUUCGAACUAGCGACCUGUCAUUUAGAAGUCUAACGCCUCAAACCACUGGGCCACGGGCCCGUUGUCCUGUCGGCUUCGAUAGGGAAUAUACACUGGUAGAAGAACGCUCACCGAUCGUCCUUACAGAACUCCCCCGUUCCGUUUUUGCCUUCCGGGCACCCACUGGGGCCCAACCAGUAGCCUCACAGCGGCGCAUGGUAUGGGCAGAAUGGCAUUACUGACAAAAACAAGGAAGACUGGGAGGUCCAUUUCUGGCCUAUUAACCGUCGUCAGCCAGUCAUACCCAAGCCGAAACCCCUUCAUUCUCUUCGCCGCCUAUUACUGUCGGUUUUUAUGCCGCAAACAAAAUAACUCUCCUUUCACCUUAUUCUUGGAUCGUAAACACUAUUUGUGCUGAAAUCUCUUCUCCAUUCUGUGGUCAUGGAUGCGUCACACAGCCUGUAUGCAUGUUAAAGUAUUUCGUGAUGGAUGACACGGUGUCCAUUCCAUAUUGACAGAAAAUGAACUGCUACAUCGCGAUUUUUUCAUGAGCCGUCAAUGUGCCUAAAAUUAGGGGUGUGGCGAAGAAAAGGGUUGCUAUUUGACCUUGCCACUGUUUUUUUAGCGCAGAUCUCUAAGCCAAAGUUUUCGAAGAGGUUUCUUCCUUCUGGAAAUAACGUGGUUGUUCACAUUUUGCCUCGCCUGAUCUACUGGAAAAUUACUUUUCGUACUGUCGAUGAAACUUUUGGCAAAUCAUUCCUACUUCAGUUAAUGCCCAUCUGUUAGAAGAACACGCGCAAAUAUGUGGAUGAGACCCAUGUUUGUUAUUCACGUAGGAAAUUGCUUGGAUUUCACGGAAGGUUGAUUUUCACGAAAAAUAGGCACUUUUCUGCUAAUAUAAAAAAAAACCAUAGAACAUAUUGUACAUGAGAUAAAGGCUUUAUAUGUAGUCCGUUAAGCCAGUAAGUAAAAUUGAUAACUUUCUAGGUGCUUCAAAUUGACCGCCCAGAUUUCGGUGAUGAUACUCCACCCAAAUUUACUGGGCUUUUGACCUUCAUACAUACCCUUAUAGGCUCUGCGCGAACUGGCUGAUAAAGAGGGAGAAAAAUGUUUUCCUACUCCGACAUCCAGUGGAAGCCAAAUGAAGACCAGUGCGCAGCAUCAAGCGAGGCCGGAUUUUUCUCAGAUUUACAAGUUUCUGGCCUCAUUAUUCACGCCUGGAAAACCCAUGGAGUUGGAACCGUGUAACUCUGCCGUGAUCUUCGAUACACUGGUUUGGUAAGUGUCUAUUAUAGCUGAAGGCAUUCAUAACCCAACGACAAACAGUCAGCUGAUGCGUGAGGGGGGUUGGCACCAAGUUAUGGUAAGCUUUGGGGUGGGGGGAGGGAAGGGAGAACCGUUAGGACUCCCUGUGUUGGAGCUGGAGGAGGAGCGGGGAAAUUGCGGAUCUGUGGGAAUGCGGGCGGCAAGUCACUAGUGCGGGAUGAGGUCAGGGGGGCAAUGCGCCGGCGUUGGAGGUGUUAGGAUUUUCGGCUGUUGUUCGCCGUGUCGCAAGGGGGGGGGAAGAGACGAGACAGCAAAAUUCUGCGUGGCCGAGUAGAGAUUAGAAGUUGUUAGGGUUUGGGAAGGUGGGUAGAGGCGUGGACUUCUAAACCAACAGGUCGCGAGUUCGAGGCUCGGGUGUUUCACACUUCGGGCUUGGGUAUGGCUGGCUGACGACAGCUAAUAAGCCAGAAAUGGCCAUUCCAGUCUCCCUUGUCUUUGUCGGUAAUAGCAUUCUGCCUAUAUAUCAUGCACCACUGUGCGGCUGCUGGUUGGGCUCGAGAAAGAGCCCUUAAGACACAACGGAACGAGUAAGUUCCGUAUGAACGAUCGGUGAGCGCCCCCUACCAUUGUAUAUUCCCGAUCGAAAACGGACAGGGCAACGAGCUCGUGGCCCGGUGGGUAGAGGCGUGGACUUCUAAACCAACAGGUCGCGAGUUCGAGGCUCGGGUUUUCCACACUUCGGGCUUGGGUAUGGCUGGCUGACGACGACUAAUAAGCCAGAAAUGGCCAUUCCAGUCUCCCUUGUCUUUGUCGGUAAUAGCGUUCCGACGUUUCAAACUCUCACGCGAGCCCUUCGUCAAGGAAUGAGAAAAUGUACAACUCAUCGUGUAUUUAGCUCACCUCUGCCGAGGGUGACCUCUAGCUGCGCUGCCGAUUUGAUCACGCAGUGCUUGGUAGGCGAUUGGCAGAUCGAUAUGUCGAUUAAUCGAGUCCUCGGUUGACUGCCAUGCUGUCUGCGGCAGGCGAGCAACUCGGUCGUCCGACUGGCCCAAUAUUCUCACGCACUGAAAGUCGAAGUCGUGUCCUGGCGUGGAGGCGUGGGCGGCUACCAGCGAGGGUUUAUCUUUCCGUCUCACAGCCAACUCGUGUUCGUGCAAUUUCGUGCGUACCUGUUUGCCGGUUUCACCAACAUAAUUGGCUUGACCACAACUGCAGUCUAUCCGGUAAAUGACCCCCGAUUUCUGAUUGAUGGGAAUCGGGUCCUUAGGGUGCAUGAGUUGCCGGCGUAUUGUUGCCUCAGGUCUGUGGGCGACACCAAUCCCAAAUUCGCUCAUCAGUCUAGCGAAUUCUUCUGACACACCGGCUAUGUACGGCACUGCGCGCCAACAUUUCGGUUUUGGUUGUCCCUUCAGUUGUCUUCCCCGGGUUUCUCGCCUGCACUUUUCAACAAAAUUACCAGGGUAGCCGUUCGCUGUGAAGAGUUUCCGCAGGAACUGGACCUCAGCCUUCUUUUCGGCUGGCUCGGUGCAAUGGGUUUCUACACGCCAACUUAUGCUCAUGUAUGCGGGUAGAAGCAGAUUUCCCAGUUUGGCCACAAGUGACGGCAUCACAACUGGAACGUGGUAUUUUGUAGACAACACCUUUUCAAUCAACACAGCCACCCCUGUCCUUAGGGUGUACAAGCUGUGUACGCAAGGUGGUUGUAGGUUGGUGUGCGACUUGUAUCUGGUGCUUUUUCAGCUGUCUUUCGACGAGUUCAGAUACAUUUUUUAUUUAUGGGAGGGUCCGCCAGGUGAAUGUUUUUGGUGCCUGGGUGGCCGCUGUUUUCGAAAUACCUUUCUGUUUAAACUCAUGUUUCAUGCAAUGACGCAAAAUGUGGCGCGGGUACCCGUUGUGGGAAAAUAAUUUGAAAAGGUAUUUCACAUCUGCUUGAUAACUUUCUUCAUCAGAGCAGUGUGGUUUUGCUCGGUUUAGUAGGCUGUAGGCAGUACUCCUCUUGUGAGAGAUGGGAUGGUUACUCUCAAAAUGUAUGAUGAUCUCGGAGUAUGCUUCUUUGCGAUAAACGGAAGUUUGAAGGGAUCCAUCAGUUUUUCGGCAUACGAGGACAUCUAGAAAUGGGAGCUGUCCGUCAACCUGUUUCAUAUGUGAACUGAAUUCCUGGAAAUGUGGAGUUAAGAUUCGUGUGGAGCUGGUCUAAUUGCUUUCUCUUGACAGUGACAAAUGUGACGACGGGCUGGGGAACCAGGCUCGAAAAUUUACUCAUUAAAGUUUAUUCCCUUCCCAAAGAAUCUUACUUAUUUUCAAUUAAAUUUCUUGGGAUGCCCGUUUUCCAGCACAUACGCAUGAAUUUUGAGCACAGUGUUUUGCUUAACGCUCGAAGAUGGGAAAAAUAUACAUUUCGCGAAAGUCUGACGCGAGAGCAGUUAAGUUUCCUGCACCGUUGUCGUAACAACAAGAUUCUUCCGACGUCUGUGCGGAUAUAGCCUGCGAUAAAGUCAACCCCAGGCUAUCAAAUUGCGAUCCGUUAUGGUCAACAAAUGCUUGGAGCAUUCGUAACUGACGCACACCACCGACUUCGUAAAUUCACAGAACAGAAAGAACAACACAUGCAGUUUUGCAUUGACCGACUUCCUCUCCAGGUAUUUGAAACUCUGCAGGAGACCUUCACGCAUGUCCCGGAACUGGAGCGACUUAAAAAGAGGAGUGUUUCGGACAAAAAAUGGAGGUCCAUUUCUAGAAAAGGUUACAAUGACUGUUCAUCAAAGAAAGUUAUAAACUUAUCAUCACGAGUACUGACGACAGCCGAAGAGAACGUGCUGAGCAAAGGAAUGAAGUACAAUCCAUCUGACUCCAACUACUUGAACUUCCUUGCCAGCUUCGAAUCCAUUAUAACUUCGGCAGGUCUUACAGAGGAAGAACAAUUUACAAUUCGCAACAGCACUGUACAGGCCUUGAAGAACAGAAACAAGUUCUCAACUUUGUCUGGCGAUGAAAAGAAAGCACUAAAUUCACUUAAAACUGAUGAAAACACCAUCAUUCUGCCCGCUGACAAAGGAGGCUCCACCACCAUAAUGAACAAGAAAGACUACACAGAGAAGAUGAUGACACUACUAAAAGACGUAUCCACCUACGAACCCCUAGAUGCUGACCCCACAAAAUCGCAGAAUUUAUGCAUUGAGAAAACACUAAAGCGCCUUACAGGAAAGAAAUUAAUCUCAGGAGUUCUGGCUAAAUCCUUAAAAAAAGACGAACCCACAAUUGCCAAAAUAUAUGGACUUCCUAAAGUUCACAAAAUAGGUAUUCCACUGCGACCGAUAGGCUCCUUAAUCGGUGCACCAAACUACAAGAUUUCUAAGUGGUUAUUUCACCAUCUGCAUCCACUUACAAAGGACUCUGAGAACUCCAUUGAAGAUUCAAAUGAGUUCCUAGACAAAUUAAAAGGGGUGAGUGUUGCAACCGACGAGAUAAUGGUUUCAUUCGAUGUAGUCUCACUCUUCACCUCGAUUCCAUUAGAUUUAGCGAGACACUGCACCGAAGAACUCCUUCAGACCUACACCACUGAUGUACCUGCCGACGCUCUACUCCAACUACUUGAUGUUUGUCUAGAAACCAACUUUUAUUUCGCCAAACAAUGUUAUCGUCAACUGAAAGGUGCUCCUAUGGGUUCGCCUAUAUUUGGCUUCCUAGCAGAAGCCAUAAUGCAGAAACUGGAGUCCAUAGCCCUUCCUAAAAUUAAUCCAAAACUAUGGCUACGCUAUGUUGAUGACACAUUUAUCAUUGUCAAGAGAAAGCAAUUAGACCAGCUCCACACGAAUCUUAACUCCACAUUUCCAGGAAUUCAGUUCACAUUUGAAACGGAGGUUGACGGACAGCUCCCAUUUCUAGAUGUCCUCGUAUGCCGAAAAACUGAGGGAUCCCUUCAGACUUCCGUUUAUCGCAAAGAAGCAUACUCCGUGAUCAUCUUACAUUUUGAGAGUAACCAUCCAAUCUUUAUUAGGCACCGACCGGCAUCAUGGUAUGUCACCUUAUGAAAACUUUUGACCCUAUGACGUCCCCAUCGGCGAAAUCAAGCAAAAUCCAGCUUCUCUUGUUGAACUCCAUCUCAUUUAACUUUAAAUCGUUAAUGAAAUUAUGAAACAAUGGAAAACUGUUUUGAAAUCUACACUCAUAAUUCAGGCAAUUGACAAACCGUCAUAUAUGAGGUCACACGACCUAUUAAACGAUAUUUUGAUGUAAACUUCACUGAAACGCUGUUAUUAGACGUGAUUUUAUGUCUACUUUCAUAUUUACUACGUGUUUGGUAUGAGAAUACAUUCUAUACAUCUAAAAAUGAACUUAACUUAAUUAGAGCCAUUUCUGACGUUUUCGGGAUAUUGCGCUUUUCAAAGUAAAUCAACAUUUCUAAACAACGCAACACUGCCCAUAAUAUUUCUUUUAUGUUUUUAAUUCUUUUAAACUUAAUUAACAUAGACAUUUGACUCAUGAAAUGGUGUCGGUUUGCGAGUGAUUGGCAGUCAUUCGUAAAUUUCGGCACAUUUCAUGAGUUAGGUCACGCACUGUAUAUGCUGGAAAACGGGCAUCCCUCGAAAUUUAAUUGAAAAUAAGUAAGAUUCUUUGGAAAGUGAAUAAAAUCUCAUGCAUAAAUUUUCGAGACUGGUUCUCCAGCUCGUCGUCAGACUUUUGGGCUAUGUACAAAAACAGUUAACUAUUUAACCGUGCCGAACAAGUGAUUCUAUGGUUGGCCGAAGCCUGCACCAAUGCGCGUCAAUGAUUUCCGUCAUCUCCUCGGCAUUGGCUGCGCACGCUUCCAUAUGCCGAUUGAUGCAUGCCUCAUCUGAGUGCAUUGCCUCCAGGAAUUCGCGGCGUUUCCCUAUUGGGCAGGCGCCACCAAUGCGGGUGUUCUCCCAUGCAAAUUGUUGUCCAGUGUCCAGUGUUUGCAUAGCCACCUGGGAUAGAUGAUCUCGUCUCCUCACCGCCAACUUAUGUUCAUGUAUGCGGGUAGAAGCAGAUUUCCCAGUUUGGCCACAAGUGACGGCAUCACAACUGGAACGUGGUAUUUUGUAGACAACACCUUUUAAAUCAACAUAGCCACCCCUGUCCUUAGGGUGUACAAGCUGUGUACGCAAGGUGGUUGUAGGUUGGUGUGCGACUUGUAUCUGGUGCUUUUGCAGCUGUCUUUCGACGAGUUCAGAUGCAUUUUUCACGUAUGGGAGGGUCCGCCAUACAUGUAUGGUGGAUAUGCCGCCGAUCCUAUCACGCUGAGCCAAAAGACGCAGUUUGGAGGGCUGCCAACUGACGGAGUAAGUCGGUCCUCCUCCCAGGACGGAGCCAGGCUUCAAUGAAUCCUUAUUGACAUGACCUUUAAGGCACUCCCACUCAGUUGGAAUUCGAGUCGGCCACCUGAUGUUUCGGCGGAAACUGAGUCCCGUGUGCGCUGACCACGCGCACGUUACUCGCGCAGACGAGUUCACGCACAAGUCACCGUCCCUGCACCCCUCAUGCCGCCAGGUACACAGUUAACAUCGUUGGUAGUGACGGCCAAACUGUCACAUCGUGUUCUGCUGAUCUUAUCGAUUCUUCACAGCUACCUGUUCGUUUUUGUAGUGGGUGAGUUCGCUUUCUUAUAUAACCUGAAACAUCCCCUGGUUCUGAAAACAUCGACGGUUACGCUGUUGUUUUUUGUCGAAAUCUUUGGUUGUUAGGCGGACAGGGUGCCUAUGUAUAUAUGUGGACAUCUAGGGUUUACUUGCUGACUGGUGCCUCUCACACUCCUUCCGUUUUUGCUGUAGUCUCACCACCGUCGUAGGACGCAUUAUGAGCCAACUGCCCACGGACCCCGAACUUUCUGACAUCGUUCGCGGCCUAACAGAGAAGAUGGGUGACCUGCUCGGUAUGCUGGCGGUUGCACGAAACUGCAUGCAUGUUUUGCGUGGCUGGGGCGACGCGAAAUCCAAAACGGCGCUACCUGCCUACAGGCGCUCCGUGAAGCACAGUCGACCGAACAUUCUGCCCUGUCCGGCCGUUAUCUGUGUUCUCCAGGAGGCUGAUUUGCCCGAGGGCUAUGCCCUAAACAGGCAACUCUGCACUCUUCUUCGGAACAUUAUGGAACGAUCAUGGCAAUGUACAUCCGAUUUUAUACCAAUCUUUCACGCCUGAAAUUUAUGUUUAUUGUCAGUCUUAAUUCUUACAGCCAGGAAGGGUCGUUUAGGCAUCCUUUAGGAGGCCAGAGCCUACGUAGGAAAUGGGGCAACGUUUUGCAAUCCUCGCCGUGAAGCGUGAGGAAAUGCACUGCCGCCUCCUGCAGCAUGAAGUCGGUACUUGAAGCAACCUUGCUGAAGUUUUGUCAUUUAUGUAUGCAAUUCCAUUUGGGUGGUCCUCGAUCGAUAAUAAUAACAUUCCCAGAAGUUGCUGCCUUCCAGAAAUUCCUUAGGUACGUUUACUGACACUUCGAGGGCCGCAGCCUGAACUAUCAUCGCCGGGGCCUAUGGAGUUGGAUAGGGGUUCGCAGCAUUUCUCGCACGGAAGCUUACUAAGGAUUAUUGGUUCUCUCCCAAAUUGCUAUACACCGGUUUACUAGUAUGGAGACAAUUAUGUUCUGGCUCGACUCAACGGAUUUCGGCAAAAUUCUGUUUCCGCACUGGUCUUCUUGUGUCAGGAUCCAGGGAAUUGCGAACUUCUCACAUCCUCAGCCGUGAACUAACGCAUGCCUAACCGAAAGCAGGCAUUCAGCUCCAGCUAUGUAAUCUUAUUUCGUAAGGAGACAAAUUCAAGGAUUUUGGGUAGAGCCUCUUUAGCCCCAUCACCUCGACUAACUCAUAGCAUGCAAAUAAAUUUAUUCGAUAACUUUCUCUGUGGCCUGCAGGUCCUGGUCAUAAUUUCCUUUAAUGAUCCCUUUUUGGGGAAGGAGGCUCUAGGCCCCUACUUUGACCGACUCUUCUAGCCGAUCUCAAUUUCUAAAGGCUAAAAUUCACAUUGCACGCCAUUCCCACCAUAGCUCCACGCUCCCAUGGUUUAUAAAACUUCACAGUAGACCUAUGUGCACCGUUCCUGCCGACUUUUUGGCCACAUGUUAAUUUUGACGCAUCUUUGUUGCAGUCCCAACCUCUGAUGACAACAAUUCGACUGAACUUCCACGACAGAGCCUUGAAAAUUAUAUUCUGAACCCUCUGGGUGUUCCCACUGGUGAGGUGCCUGCGAUUUCGCUUGCUGUUGCCUGGCAGAAUCUCCUGACGCUGUUCUACCAACAGUGCAUCUUGCCCUUCCUCUCCCCGUCACAAAAAUGCGCGUAAGAACAAUAUGUGCAUAUUUGCAUUGAAGUCAGUUCAGCACUUUUAAAAGGUAACGAGUUUUAUUCCGUAAAUUGGUGGCGCAGGUCCCCAGGCUGUCGCCAAGCAUGCAAAAUGCGCAAAGCGGUUAGCUUUUAAGGCUGUCCGAAACAAUCAUUACUCUUCUGCCGUUUCUGCCAAUGAGCGAUGGCUGCAGGUCGUCAUCCCUUUCGGUUCGACUAACUUCCCUUCAGUUUCACCUUUUUUAAAAAAUCUAAUUCGAGGAGCCGAUGACUGCUGGAGUCACCGGAGUAUAUGGCUUCGAGGAAUUUUCAAACUUUCCUGGAUAGGCGGAUGCCAACAGUGCGAGGUUUGUCUCAUGUCUAGCGUACGUGCGCCUACUUGGGAUAGGUGAUCCAGCUUCUUUGCUACCAGUGGAUAUUUAUGUUUGCCCAGUUUGGAUACAAAUGAGGCCGUCUACAAAAGUAUGUGCGACGCCUGUGACACAGCGGUCAAACUGGAAACUCCAUCUCUGCACGUAUUCACGAGCAGUAAACAGACAGGACUACUUGUCCCAAGUGGCCAUGCUUGGGACAAAAUUCACAUUGUUGUCGCUUGCCCUUUCAGGAAAGCUGAGUUCCUCGAGGCUAUACACUCGGGCGAAUCAUGCAUCAACGGACGUAUUAAGUUUGAUGUCCCUUGUAUUUGCCCAUACUCCAUUAUCUGCAUAGACAGCUCUCCAAGAGUGUAAUAGGUCAGACGUACAGUGAGUGACCUAACUCAUGAAAUGUUGGCUGAAAUUCUGAAAUGCGUUUUCGAUUAGGAAGGAUUACUUGGUCGCGGUUGUGAUACUGAUUAUCCUAAGGCAUACUGUUAUAACAUUUCGCGCUCGGCAGGAUGUCGGCUUUUGAAAACACUGCUUUCCAAUCUCUUGUAGAAACCGUACUCUGUAAAAAAUGACUACUUAAGUAGCAUGCAUUUUUCCCAUUGAUUUUCGAUGGUUUUGAAAAUUCGAAUAUAUCUUAUAGAAACCACAGACAAAAUGUGCUUUCUUUUAGUCAAUCAAUAGAGAAUCACGUCUUCUUUAUACUUUAUACUUAAGGAAGGAGUAUGAUUAGGUUUUAAAAAAGUUUUCUAAUUGCCGGAAAAUUUGGAGUCUGAUCAUUCGUUGCAUUAGCGCUUAGUGAUUACACUCUACAAGGUGCAUGCGUUCCGCGUAAAGAAAAUCCCAUAUUUUUCUAUGUCAUUAAAGAGAUAUCAUACAGGGUCCAUAAAAUUUUGCAAUGGAUGCGGACCAUGUUGUACAUUUCAUGAGGAGCAAUGGUAAACGGCCAUGUACGAUGCUAUGUGAAUGGACAUAUCGCGGUCUUAAAAAGUCUCAUAAUUAGAAUUUUUUUAAAACCUAAUUAUACUCCUUCCUUAAGUAUAAAAUAUAAAGAAGACGUGAUUCUCUAUUGAUUGACUAAAAGAAAGCACAUUUUGUCUGUGGUUUCUAUAAGAUAUAUUCGAAUUUUCAAAACCAUCGAAAAUCAAUGGGAAAAAUGCAUGCUACUUAAGUAGUCAUUUUUUACAGAGUACGGUUUCUACAAGAGAUUGGAAAGCAGUGUUUUCAAAAGCCGACAUCCUGCCGAGCGCGAAAUGUUAUAACAGUAUGCCUUAGGAUAAUCAGUAUCACAACCGCGACCAAGUAAUCCUUCCUAAUCGAAAACGCAUUUCAGAAUUUCAGCCAACAUUUCAUGAGAUAGGUCACGCACUGUAGACAGCUGUUUCACGGUCCUUACCGAUCACCAGUACGCAUAGGCAACGGAGUUCUUAAAGCAACAGAGUAGUGGAGCAGCACCCAAACAUAGGGAGUUCGGCCUCACAGAAAGUAACUUAGAUACAGGUCGUGGAUCUUACGUGUGUCCGCGCUUCUGCUGACAGGUUGUUGCGAAGACGAUGCAACCAAUCUGCGCGGUGUCUAUCCGAGCGGACUUUGAGGGGUUUGUCCAGUUUUUCACCUUUUGAUCGACAUUUGGCGUCUACAACAGACUCACGUGCUGUAUUUGUCCCUAGAAGUUUUUCCGCUAGAGCCCCCGACGCUCCUCCAAAGACAGAUAAGCCCAAAGAGACUCCACCUGCCGAAGAAGAAGCCCCUGCAAACGACCGUAACAGAGGCCUCGUAAAAAGAAGAAAGGUGAGUUACUCGCUGCUCCUUGAGACCGUCAGGUCAACACAGUCCUAAAAGUACUACUUUCUCACGCGCUGCGUUUUUACGGUCUCGGGUAGCAAAGACUGCGCUGGCACGACCGUAAGGGAGGUUAUGAGAAAAAGAACGCUGGACUGAAUCUAGUCCACGCGGAGUUGUUUGCUUCAUGACUCGAACUAAUGCAGUAUUUACAAGCGGCUGACUACAGACUGCGCCGGAACUACUAGCACCUUAAACGGAGUCUUUUUGAUACACUUCCAAAAUGUAAGGGUAACUUUGCGAAAGUAGUAGUAGUGCACAAAGCUGAGCUCAUGUAGCAUGCUUUUGCCAACGGUUACUUAGUGCUAUUUUCCAUAAGUCGUAUGGUUGCAGAGACCGGCCCUAUGGAUUGUUACUAGUGUAGACUAACUUUUGGAGUUCUCAAUCCACGAAGAGUCGACUGCUGACAUUUUCAGCAUCGAGUAGUCAGUCCGAUUUGACGGCAGCUGAGAGAACUACCAGUUAUCUCACCCAUAUCCGUCUACUCACCUGCCCAGCAGUCCUGCGCCGACGUAAGCACUGGUAGCAUAUCAUAUGACCUAAUCUGUGAAGGCACACAAGCGACGAAUGUUCACCACCAUGGUGGAUUGCGAUGUGUACUUCCAUGAAAAUUAUUUUAGAGUAGGACAGGCUCUUUGAAAACAUCUUAGGCCUUCACCCCGUGUCCAUGGUGCUUGUUGCGGGUAGAGCUCUCGAGAGAAGACACGCGAUGUGUUUGCACAUCCAUCCACUAACAAGGAAAUUGGCCUCGAGGUGCCGUUUUCCUGUAGCAUUCACUCCUGUACGAGAUGAUUCAAGUGUGUUGCCCGGCCAUCUGCUGACAGAAUUCUCCGGCCAAGAUUGCCCUGGACGACACAAGACGUGUAAAACCAAUUGCUUAAGCUCACUUUAUCCGCCGUGGAUUAGAUCUUAAAAGGUCACGUGCUUCGCUCUGGGUGUGGAUGUUCGACGCGCAUAAUUGAAAAUUCCUCCGGCAUCUUAAAACCGCCCAGGUCUUGGUAAGGUUGAAGCUUUCUCAUACUGUAUUUGCGGAAUUGUAGCCACAUCUUACUAGGAAGAUAAAAAAAUAUGGAUUUUUUUGGCCAGCACAUAUCGUAUCCCAUUUUAAGUUUCAGAACAUCAGAAGGGCUCAGGUAAUUACUUAUUAUCGAGGUCAUCCUAGACUCCGCUCACAACAUUCAUUUGCCGUCUGUUGUUUCCUUUGCGCCAGUCUUCCAAACUGACUCAAUGAUUUGUCUUAUUUGUCAUUAGUACACCCGAAUGUCCGGCUCAUACCGUCGUUUGGGCAUGCAAGUUACGAAGGAGGACAUCGAUGCCCACAUAACAACGGUAAGCCCUACCAUCCACUUUGUCAAUGUCCUCCAGGGGUGUAUAGAAUCUGCAAUGCUCGAAAAGAGCAGGAUUCGGUGGUAAGAAUAGUAUUUUGGGAACUUCGGAUCUGUUUCUGUGACCAGCACCGUGGAGGACGAAUUCCAGUGAAGCGACUUCUGUAGGCAGAUGGAGCAAUUGUUCUCACCAGCUGUUCGGCUUAAUUCGUUCGGGCGCGAAGUAUGCGCUUGCGCCUGGGUUUGACGAGGCUGCAACCAGUUCAUGAAGACAAAAAUGUCGAUCGACGCCACGGCGUCGACGAGCGAAGGCUGAGUUGCACACGCGCAAGCACCGACUGUCGUAUUAGGCGGACCGAGUGCGACAAGGAUAAGCGGCCACGAGAGCAGACCGCUACAAGAGCGAACCCCAACUGUAGUUUAAUUCCCUUCAUAAUCGGUGAUAACCAGUCUUCAGCAUACAGCGAUUUCGUUGCGACCUUCGGGCUUUCAUAUUAGCACUAUCUGCCUUCAGUGUGCUUUUGCUGUCAACGUCACCCGCACGCCCCCUCGUUGGCCGGUCAGUCGAAACAGAGGCCCGGUGCUACGAGUCGGGACAGUAGGUAAUCUGGCGCUUAAUACGAUUUUCAGGUGCAUGUUGGCCAAAACCAUGCUUUUGUGUCCUUUUAGUAACCGUACUAAGCCGAAAAUUUACAAUGAACAGUUGCGUACAGAGUUUGUGGCGUCACACAGACCGGCCAUGAGCGUUUGCUAGAGACCGAGCACGCACAGGCGCAAAAGCCGUCGCGUGGCUUUGACGGUAAAUAUUACGUCCUGAUCCGAUGACGUAACGACACCUCCGGGGGAGUUCACACUGGAACAGGACAAUCUGUAGCUAUAUUCCGUAUCCGAAUGUCGAAGACUGAUUGCAGAUAACAUGCAUGGCAGUUUGCUGAUAACUUUUUUCGGGAACCGACUGGAAGUUGGACUUGCGACGGAAUUGGUCUAAUCUUCUACUAGAAUGUUGUUGCCGAACGUAAGAGGAUAUUUGGUGGUGUCCCUCAUGAGCAAGUGCGCCCUUCAAGUAUUCAAGCCAAAUACAUAGGUAACUGAGGUGAACGUUCUUCACCAAUCCCACCCAGCUCGUCUGCGGCUUCUCGAAGUUGUGUCGAGCGCCGCUUCGGCUAGAGGACCAAGCUGAGCGAGGGCAACCGAGGUAUCCUUACGGUACUGGCAAAUCUGUGCAAAGUCCGAUUCUGUCGCGCACGUAGACACCAGACGUAUGCCAUGCUAACCGCUGCACCCACAAUCCAUUCCAUCCCGUUUUGUAGAAACCCUAACCACUUCGUCAGUAGCUCUAUCGACAGGCGUGAGAGCUUAAAUUGCAGUUCACCGUUUCUUUGUUGUCGUCCUUCGAGGGAUUGAGGUCGCUGGUUACUGUCAUGUGUUAGUCUCACCCAGGGGUCUGAUCCGACUGCCGUGCGGAACGCGAAUCAAAAGCAAGACGCACCUGUGAUAUUAAGCCCCACGUCUUCUGUGGACAAACCUCGCGUUGAUUAUCCCAUUUCUUUUUGUGUCCACCUAGGCUCGGUCUACCUCGAAGCUUGGAGGCGGAACCCACCUGACAAAACCGUCCCAGCUUCCUCAUUGAUAUGAGUUCGCAACCCUAUACUGCCAAUUGCCUCGAUUACCAAAACUUCGCAUUAGUAUCAUGACGAACGACAGCCACCUAGACGGCCGGACGAAUGGUACGGACACCAAAUAAGCCUUGCGUAGACUGUGGCAACACUAAUUUUCAUGCGGAAACGCCAAAAGAUCGCCAUAUCAGGGGUAGCUAGUACAUCUUUUCCGGCGACGACUGCUACUAGCGCUACCUGUGGCAAGAUCGAUUUCAAAGGCUUGGACUGACCCCUUUUAUUGCAGGACAUUUCGUCCCGGUCUGCUGACCAGAACACCACUCGGAUAACCGCGUCCGUGACCUUGGUGAUUCCGCUAUCCAUUUUUCGGAACUAUUGGCGUAUUUAGGGACAACAGUAAGGGGCGGAGAACAUACGUUUGCCAACUUCAAACUCCAAAAACCGCCAUGCUUCCUCUUUCCAUAGAUUUCGCAACACUGUAACUGCACUUUCGAUGAGAGACCUUGGAAUGAGGCGGAAACGUCGGUUGUUGCGGUAUUCAGGACUCUCACACCAAUUUUAACGCGUGGGGUACAUAACUAGGAUAUUGACCUAACAAAACCUGUGUUCAUUUUACAGACAUUCAUCCUCAAGGACUGUGCACCCACCUUCAUGUCCCAAAAGCGACCCAGGAGCGACAACGACCAGCCGUAA